UGCCAUCUACCACCGAUUACAUUCGCACGGGCUAAACUUUCAGAAAUCGGUGUCACAAGCUUGCCUUGUUUGAAAAAGUGAGUUGUCAUUCGACGGCUGCAGUAAAUGCUUAUAAUUGACUUGUACGGUUAAUUAAUUGAACAUGGCUCUUCUCGGCGGUUAUUCAGCCGGCUCUUUCCCCGAUUAUGAAGUUCAAGGGGCAAAGAAAGUGCACUUCAGCCCCUACGCCGAUAAUGGAGGGAGUGUAAUGGCGAUAGCAGGAGAAGAUUACGCCAUCAUUGCAGCAGAUUCACGAUUGAGCACUGGAUUCUCAAUAUUUACUCGUGAGCAGCAGAAAUUAUUCCCACUUUCCAACACAACUGUUUUGGGCUGCUCAGGUUGCUGGUGUGAUACCUUGACGCUCACAAGAAUCCUUCAGGCUCGUAUGCAGAUGUACAAACAUGAGCAUCAUAAGGAAUUGACAACUCCUGCUACAGCACAAAUGUUGUCUACAAUGUUGUACUACAAGAGAUUCUUUCCCUACUAUAUUAGCAACAUUUUGGCUGGCUUGGAUGAGAAUGGAAAAGGAUGUGUCUAUAGUUACGAUCCUAUUGGACACUGCGAACGAUCAAACUUCAGAGCUGGUGGUUCUGCUGGUGCUCUUUUACAGCCAUUGCUUGAUAAUCAGAUUGGCUACCAGAACCAGGAGGGUGUUGACAAGACUCCUCUGCCUCAAGAUCGUGCUUUAGCUAUCCUGAAGGAUGUUUUUAUAUCAGCUGCUGAAAGGGACAUUUACACUGGCGAUGGUAUUUUCAUAAAUAUCAUUACAAAAGAUGGUAUCAAGGCAGAUAAGUUUGACCUUAGAAAGGAUUGAUUUAAUAAUACAUAUUGUGAUUUCGUAUUACCGAUAUCUGUUCUAUAAUAAAAUGUAAUAAUUUCACUCCUACUCGUUGUUUUAUAUAUUAGGUUGUGAACUUAAUUAUUGCAAAUUUGAGACCACACCUUUCACGUAGCAUAAAUUAGCUUUGUAUUAGUUUUUUAAUCGAAAUAAGAACCAUUGGAAUCUAUACACUUUCGUCAAUGGGAUGCAAGUCAGAGUAUGUCGUAAAGGCCCCAUUUUGCUGCACAAUAACGCUUGGCCAGAUACCGUACAAAUGAUAAUUCAAAGGCUACAUAAACAAAUUGGGAUACAUGAUUCUGCCUUCUCCAGCGUACUCACCUGAUCUUUCAUCAAUGGAUGACCACUUCUUCAACCACUUAGACAACUUCAAGGGAAGAAUUUUUAAAAAUUACGAGACUGCAAAAUAUCUUCAAAGAAUUUGUCGACUCUAGAGCUUUGAAUUUUUAUUUUAAAGGUACGAAGUAACUUAUAUACUGCUGAAAAAAGUAUAUAGAUUGAAACGGUUCUUAUUUCGAUUAAUAAAGCUCAAAUAAAGGUAAAUAAUGCUUUGUGAAAGUUGACGUCUGAAAUUAGCAAGAAUUAAGUUAACCUAUGAUUUUAUCCCAUCCAUCAACUGUAAAAGUCUCAUGCGAUGCAUGCUGACAAUUUUUGAAAUCAAGGCUAAGAAUUUUUUGUUUAGAGAUUGGGUGGAGACAAAGCUUAUGUCACUAACAAUGAUGUAAUGGUUGGAAAACUUGCAUUGCCAAAUUGAACGUUCUGAGUUCAAAUAUCCUAAUUUCAUUAUUCAUGUUAGGUGAUGUGGGACAUGGCACGUAACAAAACAGACUAAGUUAUAAGAUAAGCUUUAUUUAUGAUUAAUCGUUAUAAGAUAUAACAUGCUUCAUUACAGGAAAUCUACAUUUUUAUGCUCGAAUUUAUUUCAUACCUUUAUUAACACUUAUUACAAUUAUUAUGACUUCAUUUAAAAUAACUCUAUUAAUGUUUUUUUUAUAGAUUUUUUCCAUUUAUCACCUCAUACAAACAAAAUACAGAGUCUAGUUUAUAAUACACCAUAUCAAAAUAACCAAGGACAAAAAAAAGGUAUAUAUAAUCAUAAUCCAGAGAAUAGUGGUUGGUGGCAUGAUAGUUUUUAUCAGGGAAACAAUUAUGUAUAAAGUAAUAUUUUCAUCCACUUAUCAUGAGUUGUUAUAACACCAUUAUCAAUAUUUCUUAAGAUUUUGUUGAAACGACAUGGCAUUAUUUCUAAACUAGCAUUUUCCUUCAUAAUUCAUUCAAUCAUAAAUGGCCAGAAUUAUAAGUAAUUCGUUUUCUCAUUAGUCACAAUGUAGGAAAAGUAUUAUGGUUUUUGUACAGACAUUUUUACUCGUCCUUCAAUGUACUUGAAGUCAGUGACUAUUUGAUACUGAUGUAGCACAUGAAGCAUUUGUACAUUAUAAAUUUAUUUGACGCAUAUAUCAAAGUGCUAAGUGUGGUAAAA